AUGUUUCGACUCAAAAUACGAAAAGAAACUAAAUUAUUUACAAACGUUCAAGUCGCGAAAAGAAUUGCAACUACGAUGAGAAUGUGUAUGGAGGAGCUGAGAAUGAUGGGAAAUAUCAAAGCUCUGGGAACUAAGACAAACAUUUGGCUCUCGAGCAAUUCAAACUCGAGAGUUCAAUUCAAAGUCUCGGGCGCUUUUCACGUUUCAUUGAAAAUGUCACGAAAUGGACAUCAUUUUCGUGACGAAGACAUUUCUCAAUCAACAAUAACAACACAAUUAAAAAAACAUUCUAUCUUUACAGACAAAAAAGUGACGCAAAAGGGAAAAUACGAAAUAAAAAAUUCGGAAAAGAAUGUUCUAGACGUGAAGCGAGAAUCAUCGCUGAGAAUCAUGACCUGA